ACUGGUGCGGCCUACCAGUGAGCGAGUCUGCGAGUGAGAGAAAAGAGGACACGAGAAAGCUUUAGAGAGAGAGAGAGAGGAAAUUGAUUUUUUUUAAGUUUGCGAUGAAUGAAUAAACAAAUCUGGUGAAGAGGUUGGGAGGAAGAAGAACGGCUGCUGAUGAGAGCCGCAUUGGAGUCAAAACCAACCGUCUCUUUCUCUCCUCUGACUUUCCCCCACUCUCCUCCUCUUCUUCUUCUUCCUCCUGUGAUGCCAUCCUCCUCUUUCGGCGCCUCACAAUCUUGCGAUCCAGCUCAUGUGGCGGACGGAAUGAGAGGGAAUUUCCCGUUCUUGCGCUCCUGGAUUUCUUGCCCAGAGGAGGAGUCUUGACUCUUGCGAGCGUGUUCGUUCUUGGUGAUUAGAUUCAUGCUGCCUCGUUGCAAGGUGGUGUGAGUUGUUUUCCUGGAUUCUUGAAGUUGUUCAUGCCCUGCAGGAAGAAGGGGUUCAUUUUCUGAUUCCGUCGACGGCGGAGAUGAGAGGUUACUACUGCUUCUUCCAUUUCUUGGUGGUGUCCGUUCUGCUCCACGUCCAUGGCGGCCGCUCCGAGAGCCAGACGUGCGACCCCACCGACCUGGCGGCGCUCCUGGCCUUCUCCGAUGGCCUGGACACGAAGGCCGCCGGGAUGGUCGGGUGGGGCCCCGGCGACGCCGCCUGCUGCUCGUGGACGGGCGUGUCCUGUGAUCUCGGGAGGGUGGUGGCGCUGGAUCUCUCCAACCGGAGCCUCUCCCGGAACUCGCUUCGCGGCGGCGAGGCGGUGGCGCGGCUCGGCCGGCUGCCGAGCCUGCGGCGCCUCGACCUCAGCGCGAACGGCCUCGCCGGCGCGUUCCCGGCGGGCGGCUUCCCGGCGAUCGAGGUGGUGAACGUCUCCUCCAACGGGUUCACCGGGCCGCACCCCGCGUUCCCCGGCGCGCCGAACCUGACGGUUCUUGAUAUCACCGGCAACGCCUUCUCCGGCGGCAUCAACGUCACCGCGCUCUGCGCUUCGCCGGUCAAGGUCCUGCGGUUCUCGGCGAAUGCCUUCUCUGGUGAUGUGCCGGCCGGCUUUGGUCAGUGCAAGCUGCUCAACGACCUCUUCCUUGAUGGCAAUGGCCUUACUGGGAGCCUCCCCAAAGAUCUGUACAUGAUGCCAGCGCUGAGAAAACUAAGUUUGCAGGAGAAUAAGCUCUCCGGCAGCCUCGACGACGACCUCGGUAACCUCACUGAGAUUACGCAGAUUGACUUGUCAUAUAACAUGUUCAAUGGCAAUAUCCCUGAUGUGUUUGGGAAAUUGAGGAGCUUGGAGUCCUUAAACUUGGCUUCCAACCAAUUGAAUGGCACAUUGCCUCUAUCCCUGUCGAGCUGCCCGAUGCUUAGAGUGGUCAGCCUGAGGAACAAUUCGCUGUCCGGUGAGAUUACCAUUGACUGCAGAUUGCUCACGAGGCUGAACAACUUUGAUGCUGGGACCAACAAGCUGCGUGGUGCUAUACCGCCUCGCCUUGCCUCGUGCACUGAGUUGAGGACGCUGAACCUUGCAAGGAACAAGCUUCAGGGGGAGCUACCGGAGAGCUUCAAGAAUUUGACAUCACUGUCAUACCUUUCUCUUACGGGGAAUGGUUUUACCAACUUGUCAUCAGCAUUGCAAGUCUUGCAGCACCUGCCCAACUUAACUAGCUUGGUGCUCACCAAUAACUUCCGUGGUGGUGAAACCAUGCCAAUGGACGGCAUCGAAGGGUUCAAGAGAAUGCAGGUUCUUGUCCUGGCGAACUGUGCACUCUUGGGCACGGUUCCACCUUGGCUGCAGAGCUUGAAGAGCCUCAGUGUGCUGGAUAUUUCAUGGAACAAUUUGCAUGGGGAGAUCCCGCCAUGGUUAGGCAACCUCGACAGUCUUUUCUACAUCGAUCUGUCCAACAACUCAUUCAGUGGGGAGCUUCCUGCAACCUUUACACAGAUGAAGAGUUUAAUUUCAAGUAAUGGCUCAAGUGGGCAGGCGUCAACAGGAGACCUCCCAUUAUUCGUCAAGAAGAAUUCGACUUCCACUGGUAAAGGCUUGCAGUACAACCAACUCAGUAGCUUCCCGUCAUCACUGAUCCUCUCAAAUAACAAGCUUGUUGGGCCAAUAUUGCCAGCCUUUGGCCGUCUAGUGAAGCUUCAUGUGCUGGACUUGAGCUUUAACAAUUUUUCUGGGCCAAUUCCUGAUGAGUUAUCAAAUAUGUCGAGCUUGGAAAUAUUGGAUUUAGCCCACAAUGAUCUCAGUGGGAGCAUACCAUCAUCUCUAACGAAGCUGAACUUUCUGUCCAAGUUUGAUGUUUCGUACAACAAUUUGUCUGGAGAUAUCCCGGCAGGAGGCCAAUUCUCCACGUUCACUAGUGAGGAUUUUGCAGGCAAUCACGCACUACACUUUCCUCGGAAUUCCUCCAGCACAAAGAAUUCUCCUGAUACGGAAGCACCACAUCGUAAGAAGAACAAAGCAACCCUUGUGGCCCUUGGACUUGGUACUGCAGUGGGGGUUAUUUUUGUCUUGUGUAUUGCUUCUGUGGUUAUAUCAAGGAUUAUUCAUUCAAGAAUGCAGGAGCAUAAUCCAAAGGCAGUAGCGAAUGCUGAUGACUGCUCAGAGUCUCCGAACUCAAGCUUGGUGCUGCUUUUCCAGAACAACAAGGAUCUUGGUAUUGAAGAUAUAUUGAAGUCAACCAACAACUUUGAUCAAGCCUAUAUAGUUGGUUGUGGUGGUUUUGGACUUGUUUACAAGUCAACACUACCAGAUGGGAGGAGAGUUGCAAUCAAGCGGCUUUCAGGCGAUUACUCUCAGAUUGAGCGGGAGUUUCAAGCUGAAGUGGAAACACUAUCACGUGCCCAGCAUGACAACCUUGUUCUGCUAGAAGGCUAUUGCAAGAUAGGCAAUGACAGACUACUGAUCUAUGCAUACAUGGAGAAUGGCAGCUUGGAUUACUGGCUUCAUGAGAGGGCUGAUGGUGGUGCCCUGCUGGAUUGGCAGAAGAGGCUACGGAUUGCACAGGGAUCGGCAAGGGGGCUGGCAUACUUGCACCUGUCGUGUGAGCCCCAUAUAUUGCACCGAGAUAUCAAGUCAAGCAAUAUCCUCUUGGAUGAGAACUUUGAAGCUCAUUUGGCUGAUUUCGGGUUGGCAAGGCUCAUAUGCGCAUACGAGACGCAUGUCACAACAGAUGUAGUGGGAACCUUGGGCUACAUUCCACCUGAAUAUGGGCAGUCACCUGUGGCUACUUACAAGGGUGAUGUGUACAGCUUUGGAAUUGUUCUUCUGGAGCUACUCACUGGGCGGCGGCCUGUGGACAUGUGCAGGCCAAAAGGGAGCAGAGAUGUAGUGUCCUGGGUGCUUCAGAUGAAGAAGGAAGACAGGGAAACUGAAGUAUUUGAUCCAACCAUAUAUGACAAGGAGAAUGAAAGCCAGUUGAUCAGAAUCCUGGAGAUAGCACUGCUUUGUGUGACUGCUGCUCCUAAGUCAAGACCAACAUCGCAGCAGCUAGUCGAAUGGCUUGACCAUAUCGCUGAAGGUUAAGGUUCAGUCAAGUUCUUAAAUGGUUUCAGUUUGAUCGAUCAAGAUCCAUCCUGAUAGUUUCUUAAGAUGAUUAGUUCUGUAAAUAAUAUUUACAUAGCGUGAAAUGCCAAGAGUUCAAUUUCCUUCUCAUGCCACCCUUCAAGUAAUAGUUCAUAUCAUCCUCUUUCCUUUCUUCAUAAGGUGGUUGCAAGAUCACCACAAUGUAAAAAAUGCAUUGUAGGUUUAAACCCUCAGGAUAACACCCUAGCAGUUACAUAACCGGCUUUUCUACAGAUUUAUUGUAUGUUCUGUAAUUUCAGCUACUGCUAUGGUAUGAAUGAACUUUUGUGGGGCAUUUGUUUUCAGUGAUUUGCUCCAGCUAGUGCUA